ACUACCGAGGAAGAAGCGUCGUGAAAAAAGCCGCAAAAUACACAGACUAUUUCAAGGAUACCUUGAACAAAUAAAGUUUUAAAGAAAGUAAGCGCCCCAAGAUGAGUGGCGGGACCAUGUUAUAUGGUGGUGACGAGAUCGGCGCCCUGGUCUUUGAUCCCGGACACCACUCCCUAAGAGUGGGCUACGCGCAGGAGGAUUCGCCCAAAGCGGAGAUUCCCUCGGUUGUGGGCAUCGGAGCUGCCCCGGAGACAAAUCUCGACCCGGAAACCAAGACGGACAACAAUGCUACUCCAAAUAAUGCCGACCAGCGCAAAUUCUAUGUAGACACCAACUAUGUGAAUGUACCCCGUUCCCAGAUGGAGGUGCAGACCUACAUGAAGGACGGCAUGAUCGAUAAUUGGGACCUAUUCGAGAAGGUGAUCGACUAUGCCUAUGCCAAUGUCAUCCAGUCGGAGCCGGAAUACCAUCCGGUGCUCUUCUCCGAGGCCUCGUGGAAUGUGCGCAACAACCGCGAGAAACUGACCGAACUUAUGUUUGAGAAGUACAAUGUUCCGGCCUUCUUCUUGGUUAAAAACGCUGUUUUGGCCGCCUUCUCUAGCGGAAGGGCAACCGCUUUAGUCGUGGACAGUGGAGCCACACACACUUCGGCCGUUCCUGUACACGAGGGCUAUGUGCUGUCGCAGGCGGUAGUCAAAUCACCACUGGGUGGUGACUUUCUUUCUCGGCAAUGUCGCCAACAUCUAGAGAAGCAAGGCAUCGAUCUGUCGCCGGUGUAUAAGAUCGCCUCCAAGGAUGUAGUCAAAGAGCGUGACAACGGGCGCUUUACACUGCGCAAACUACCCGAAAACCUCACACAGUCAUGGCAAAACUAUAUGCUGCAAUUGAUGAUGCAGGACUUUCAAAUGAACGUAUUACAGGUUUUGGAGAAUCCUUUUGACGAACGGGUGGCUGCUCAGAUUCCGACGGUGCACUAUGAGUUUCCCAAUGGUUAUCACCAGGACUUUGGAUCUGAGCGGUUUAAGAUAGCUGAGAGCCUAUUCGACAAUGCCAUGCUGGGAGCUGGUCAACUGGCAUCCACCAGCGUGGGCAUGUGCGAUGCCGAUGUGCGUCUGUCGCUCUUCGGUUCAGUUGUGGUGACUGGUGGCAAUACGCUUCUUCAAGGCUUCCCAGAGCGUCUAAAUCGCGAUCUACAGCUUCGUGCUCCAUCCAACACGCGACUAAAAAUGAUUUCUGCCAACGGCAGUGUAGAGCGAAGAUUCGGUGCCUGGAUUGGUGGCUCCAUCCUGGCCAGCAUAGGCACUUUCCAGCAGAUGUGGAUAUCGUCGCAGGAGUACGAGGAGGCCGGCAAGAGCCAAGUCGAGCGCAAGUGCCCGUAGGGGCAGCGCUAUCGAAUUCCAAUUUUAAUUUUAAAGACGAAACUCUAUGUAAUUAUAUAAGUGUGAACUUCUAAAUGUCCCAAUUUUCACAAUGGCGUUCGAACAGA